AUGCAAACUGUGCUCUCUAUAGCUAUUGAUUUUUUAGAUAAGCAUGCAAAACCGAAACAUAUUGAUGCUUCCCGUAAAAUGAAUUUGUUGUAUACAAAGCCAAAACAUAAAUUAUUGUUGCAUCACUCCGGCCCUUCUACAUCGUCGUCGCCACCAUCGUCAUCAUUAUCUUCUCCGUUAUCACUAUGUACAGUAUAUUCUCAAUCUGAUUUUUCUAACAUCCGUAAUAUGAAUACAGAUACAAAAUUUAAGAUUACAGAUGUACUUACGCCAUUUUCACAAAGAUUAUUAUGUCAACCAUCCAGAUAUUUUCCACAAAAACAUAACAUUCUUCAAUGCAACGUAAUGCUGUUACAAUGGCUAAAUCAGUAUUUGAAUUGUAGUUCUAAAACAUGUAUACUGAAAUUAUGUUUUGCUCUAGAAAAUCUCCUUGGUGAAGGUAAUUAUGGAAUUGUUUAUAAAGGGAAAUUAUUCAUUAAUACUGACGACUACGAAAGCAAUUCUAACGAUAUUCAGAUUGCUAUCAAAACGUUGAAAGAAGAAGAAGAAGAAGAAGUAUCAAUACUUUGACCAAAAGAAAAAUACUAGUAAGAAUAUCUUCAAUCACAUCCGAUCAAAACCAAAUAAGUUUUAUUAUAUAUAUCAAAUUCUGUAAAAGAAAAAGAAAGUUUGAAAGAUUUUAAACAUAAAGUUUUGCUCAGUUGUUAAGCUUUUCAAAGUACUGUCUCUUUUCAAUAUUCAUUAAUGACGAAAUGAUCAUGACACGGAACUUGGAAGAAAUACAACAUUCAUUUAUCUACUUGGAUAUAACUUAGAAACGUACAAACUUCUCGUUUAUGUCAAUUUUUUUUUCAAAUCAUAUAUGGUGCUAUGAACCUUGAAGUAUAAUUACUCAAUGAAUAAUUUAUUUAUGUAAUUAAUAAUACUAUAUAUCAUAUUACAUAACUCAUCAAAUCAUC